UACGCUCCGUCAAUUUUCUUUUUACUGAAAGGAAAGAUAAAAACUUGAAGAGAAAGUGAAACUUGCUAAAGACAAAAUGUCCUUAAGUGUCUAAAAACAAAUGUAGUGGAGUUUUUUGUGUUUUAGAGUUUGGUCAAGGAGGUGGGUGUAGUUUCUCCAAAUCGGAAAUCCCACGUCAAAUCCAUAAUUCAAAACCCCAAAUUGUAAAUCAAAUCUAAUCUAAUCUAGCACACAAACUCUGUAAACCAAACCUUUCUUGUACUUGUUAUCAGCCCAACCUCAGCAUCUGGCAGCUACGGAGGGAGGGCAGAACGGUCAUUUCCGGAGGAGGCAGUAUUCAUUCCUUUUGUCGCUCACGCAUGCGCGAAAUGAGAAUUUUCCCUCUGAAACUGAGACUGAGAAACAAACCCCCCCCCCCCCUAUUUCAAUUCAAAAAGAUGGUGGAGCCUUUAGCAGCUCUCAAGCUCGAAGUGCUCAAAGGCCCCCGUGAGGGAGAAACCCUAGAGUACCGACCCAGAUCCAAGGUCCGAAUCGGCCGGGUCGUCCGCGGCAACAACCUCGCCAUCAAAGACUCCGGCAUUUCCACCAACCACCUCAUCAUCCACUCCGACUCCGAAUCUGGUAAAUGGAUGAUCCGAGACCUCGACUCCUCCAACGGAACCGUCGUAAACGACACCAAGCUCAAGCCGGACACGCCGCUGGAGCUGAACGACGGCGACGAGAUCAAGAUCGGGGAGUACACGUCGAUCUCCGUCCACAUCGACGGCCACAGGUUGAGAAGGAAUCCGAGGCGCGGCGCGGCUGUGGAGAAUUCUGAAUUGGAGAGAGAGGGAGAGGAAAUUGAGGUGGUAGAGAAGCCGAAGAGGGGCCGGGGCCGGCCGAGGGGGGUUUUGAAGAGUGAGGAUUUGGUGGAGGAAGUGGCUGUGGUUCCGGAUUCGGAGACUUGCAGUGAACAAGUGAAGAUUGAACCUAAGAGGCGUGGUGAGGGGAGGAAGAGGAAGAAUGUGCAACAAGUGCCGCUCAUGUGUGAGAAAGAUAAUGUUGUUGUGGGAGAGAGUGGCAAUGAUAGUGAGAAGGCAAAAGGGUCCAAUUCGGGCCAUGAACAGGCAGCCACUGACUGUAAUGUUGGAGUGGGUGGCGAUGAGGUUGAAAGUGGUAGUAGGAGCUGUUUUGGUGUUAGUGGUGCUAAGAAUGUUGAUAAAAAGGGGAAUGGUUUUGGUGUUAAACAAGGUUGUUUGGGAAAGAUUUGGCAGGAGCCAGAUUUGGAGAAGAUGACUUUGGAUGAUUGGUUUUAUUAUGUGCAAGUUUCUUUGCCGAUAGGGGUUAAUGAUGAGAUUAACAAGAUUUGUGCCGGAAUUAGACACAAGGCUAAGCUAGUCCAGGAGUAUAUAGCACAACACAACAAGGACAAGUGUCACAGUUAACAGAAGGAGUGCCUUGUGUUAUGUGGUAGGAUUUCGUGCAUGUCUCAAGAAGGAAAUCUUCACUUGAUUUUGAACAAGUCACAGUACAUGGUGAAUUUCACCAAAGGAACACUUCAAAGCAUUGGGAGUCUUACCUCCCUUAACUGGCUUUGCAUCUGUAGUGUACUUGCAGAAAAGCUUUUGUAUAUUAUGACUGAUUAGAUAAUGAUAACCUCUUCUCUAGUGCGGAUUUGCCCGCACUUUGCUGCGGGAAUUAUUGCUGUAUGAUCAUAGGGACGAAUUGUUUUUGUUGAA